AUGAAGCUAUUCUCAUCAUCAACACGAAAUUUGCAAUGUCUUAUAUGGGCCUUGCUGGCCUUGGCUGGUUUGGUUCAUUCGGCGCCGACUUCGUCUGCCCCCGCUGUUGUUCCUACAGACAAAAUUCCAGAGCAACCUUCACAACCGCAACCACAACCGCAAACACCAUUGGUAACAACAGUAGUCACCAGAUCAAUAGCUACUACGGUUAUAGCUGCAACAGCCACGACAACCACAAUUAGUUCUCCAACAGUGACAACUCCAGACAGCAAGCCCGUUUGUAUCCCCGAUACACAAAUUCCAGGAAAUCUUGUUUGCGCCGAUUCGACAUUGUAUUGUGAAACAACGAGUGGCACUUGUGUGGCGAAACUAGCAAACAAUCUUCCUUGUCUCGACGGGAGUCAGUGCGGAACUGGAUACUGUCUAAAUAGUAUUUGUGCUGAUGCUCCAAACAAUGCAACCAAUGGUACUAGUUCUCUUGAUGGAAGUGGCAGCUCAGGGGGUGGAAACACUGGCGUAAAAGUAGGGAUUGUGGCUGGAAUUGUGGUUGGAAUAAUGUGCGCAAUCGGAAUCGCUUUUUGGGUCUUUAAUUAUUUGCAAAGACGUAGAACGAAUAAUGGUUCACGUUCUAGUAUUAUUAGACCUCCGAAAAUGCGAUCAACCGAACCAGUGUACCCGUUUUCAGGUCGAGCUGCUGCAUUCUCAAAUAAUAGUCCUCCGCAAACUUUGCCGCCUGCACCACUAGAACACGGUCAUACACGUAUAGGAAGUAUGGGUGAUCCGACUCAACGUCGUACAAGUUUCUAUUCAAACGGAACAGCAUUUAUUAACGGCCCAAAUAAUAAUUACAAUGCUCUUGACGAAUCUAAAAACAAUGUUAGCAUGUCUCGUGGCACACCAGUCCUCAAUAACAAUAACGAUAAUGGACAAAUGCCACCACAGCCAUACAACAAUUCCAGCUAUCAUCCUACUACUCUUUCAAAAGAUUGGGAUCUGUCAAAUAAUAGGCAUCCGGCAAUUGGUCCUCAACAAGGCAAAAAAUUACGUAAUAAUUUACAUGAAGCCGCGAAAGCCAUUCAUGAACAAGAAAAUAAAUUGAAAGGUGGCGCUGUUGCAACAACCAAUACACAGAAAUUAAAUCAGGAUUCUGCACGUCGUGAUUCGGCUAUAUUGCCGGGUGACGAUGAAAUUGUUCAUUCCACUACUGACUCGUUGUAUUUGGGUGUUGGGGCUGAUGCGUUAGUAGAACCGGUUGAUUAUACAUCACCAACUGGUAAUGGUCGAUACAAAAUGUCAUCAAUGUACUCGACUUUUUCGCGGGAUUCAAUUAUUUUUGCAAAUAUGCCGGAGAUGCCCGAGAUGCCUCCCCUCACCGCUUUUAAUUUUGGUGGUAUCACAUCUUCGACCUCCGCCUCACCAAAGUCAUCACCACCAUCUGCAACAUCAAACACCCCCAAAAUCCCAUCGCAUAAUCAUACUUUAUCAAAAGAUUCUUUGGCCUCACUUAACAAAGUUCCUCGUGCAUCUGUGUACACAUUACACGCGCCAAUUUUCAAAUCAUAUCAAUCUUCGCCUGAACAUCAACGAAACAUGUCUUCGUCUUCGUUACGGUCCCAAAUAACUCAUCAACGGAAUAUGUCUCAGACCUCGCAAUCAUCGGUAUUGCGUCAUCAUCGUGAUUUCUCAAAUUCUUCACAAGUGCUCAAUCCAUCUCCGUUAGGUCCAGGUCAUUCACGUAAUGUCUCAGAAGCAUCAAAAUUAAGUAGUACUAGUAGUAAAUAUAGUCAAAGCAGUAGCGUCUAUAGUUCUGCUAAUUCCGAUUCUGAUACAUCAGCCACCUCGAAAGUAACAGUUUCCCCGACUUUUGGUUUCAGCGAAAAUAAUACAAAAUCAUCAAUGAUCACCUCCAACAACAACAUUGCCAAUAUUGACGACAAUAAUAACUCGUUAUUAACAAAACCUUACAAUGUCGAUCGUGAAUCAACAGCCUCAUCAUUAUCCGACCUAACAUCGAGCGCCUCCGACGUGGAAUACGACUACGUAGUUCCAGAAAUGAGCACCAUCGAAGAACGCAUGGCCGAAGAUGAAUUAUACGCUAUGUCACACUCAUCAACUUAUUCAAUGAGGACAAGUGAAUUGGAUCUUGAUCAGGAUUUAGACGCGAUCCGACAAUUCGCCGAAGAUGCUUGGGGUAUGCUAAAUGGCGGAAUUGAUACGUCGGAUAGUAGCGCGACGAGUAAUCAAAAUGGCACGUUUUCUACCAAGACGUUGUCUAGGAGCACUAGCCACUUGUCGAAAUCUUCGACAGAGUCUACGGCUACUAUUACUGGUCGUGCUCCGUUGAAUGGUAGUAAUAUCAAUUAUGGAUUACCCAUUGUUGAGGAUGAUGAGGAUCCUGAUUAUCGGUUUUAUUAA